UUGGAAGAUAUACCUGUGACAAUUGAAUUACGGCAGGUUACCGACUAUUACAAUAGCGGAAAAUUGUUGGCCUAUUUUGAUGGGAACGCUCGCGAUUUUUUCAUGCCCUGUCCUACCCUCUGCAGCACAGUGGGCAAAAAUAGAGAACUAUUGAUGAUAAGAACAAUAGACUUUCCAGGAGUUUCUCCAAGAGUAGAAUUCUCAACAACUACGCAAAUUAGCCCUGCGUCUUACUAUCCGGAAAAGAGGAUACAGCAUGAUAAAACGACUGGUAUUAAAACAGCUCCUCCAGAAACUAAUGGUUUUCUAGAGGGUCCCCAUUAUACUCGACCCACCUUGAAUAGCAUUUUGAGAAGUGCCUGUCAAAGGCAAAGAAGUCUAAAGAAGAGUUUAACCUCUAGAAGUCAGAGUGGAAAACCCGAAUAUUCAAAACGAUUAUAUUCACCCCUAAGAAGCUCCCUAAAUCUGCCCCGACAUACUGAGGAAAAGACACUUCCUUGUCCUGGAUGUUCUUCUGAUUGCAUUUGUACUAUGAGACGGACCAAAUCCUACACGUCGCUGCACGAUUUAGACCUGAAAACUGCCCAGGAACGAAGUGAACGCUAUUGGCAGUUGUAUCGUUAUUGGCAACGUGAAGUGGACAACCUUCGCAGAAGUCGUGGAUAG